CCAAGCCUGAGCGUCUUUGGGAUCCAACCAUUGACAAGCUCUGAGGUAGCAAGCCGGACUCCCUGACACGUUGAAAGCUGAGGCUCAAAGAAAAGUGUGUCUGUGCAGUCCAGUCCGGUCCUUCACUUCUGCUGCAGAGUGAAAUACAACUGAAGUCUGCUCUAACAUGGAGCGCGGACGUGGUGGCCGCGGGCGCGCGACCAAGAAGAUGCGUGGAACCCUGUCAACUACAUCUCACCACCACCAACAGUUUAGCCAACAACAACCUCAACAGCGUCAGCAGCACGAAUUCGAGCAUCAAUUCCAGAUUACACCCUUUCCCCAAGUCAAUGGCUUUCACCACUCCAAUCCCACAACUACGGGCACUGUUAACCCUUCCAUUCCCGGCAGCACCUCACAUGCGCCUCACCCCUCCUCCACCUACACCCCCUUUUCGGAUCUGACCACUCAGAAUCCUCCAAUCCCCUUUACAUCGCAUGUGCAGAACAAUCAACCACACCAUCCAACGCACCCAUAUCCUCAGAUGCAUGGCCAUCAGUUCCAGCAACCACAACAUCAACCACAGCAGCAACAGCAGCAACAGGCGCAUCAGCCGCCGACGACACAUCAACGCGCUCCUUCAGUCGGUUCCCUCCGAAGUGGUAGGACCAAGCAAGUCGCUUAUCCAAACCUCCAACAGCGCCGCACUGCUUCUCCAUCGGCCCCUGAUUCGACUUCUUCCUUCCGCGUCACUCCACACAGUGAUCGCACCGCCGGAGGACCUGCACUGGAUACAACAACCCUUUUCACCUUUGAGGCGCCCUCGAGCACUGCCAUGCCUGCUGGCAACACAUCAGCUCGCAAAAGGUCCAAGACCUUUGACUUGUCUUAUGAAGCCCCCAACUUUGACCAUGAGGGAAACUCAAAUAGUAAAGGCGGCCACUCGCUCAGGAAGCGUGCACGGAUUGACUAUAGCCAGGAACAGAUUGAUGAUGUCUUUGGCGGUGCCGGCACCAAAGUCGAUUCCGCUGCCAGGCCUGCCGGCACACCUACCACCCGCGGACGCCGGCGAAGGGGUACUCAAGGGGAUUCCGAGGGUGAAGAACCCAAGGACCACGAUCAUAGUGCCUUGCGUAACAAGCGGGGCAACAAGUCUCCGGCUCCUGCACGUAACUCAUCCUCUCACCGGAAGCCAGCGGGUAAGAAGCCAGCUACAGCGCAGAGCACGUAUGUUGAGCAUCACCAGUCGGACAAUGACGUGCGAGAUACCAUCUUAGUCGGCGUCUCGAUGGAUGAGAUACCCGAGGUAGAGGAAGAGUCGGAACAGUCGGCCGUUGCAGGUGCAUCCGCGGCCAAUCAAUCGUCAAAGCCCAACGGAUCUGGUGCUGUCCCGCAAGGUGAACAGUCACAUCCUCGCGCUGCUGAUUCUAGAGGAGCUGUUAGUUCGUCCCAGUCACAAAAUCCUUCCGCAUCCCAUGGCAACAUCGAAGGCACCAGCAAUGAGGACGAACCGGCUCCAAAUCCAUCAACACUGGAGAACGGUACCACCGCUUCUUCCAAGGACACUUCAACCGAAGAGCAAGGCUCUCACCAGGUAACCGCCAUGUCGACCGAGACUGAGAAAUUACGUCCAUCAGAACACCCCCAAAAUCACCCAAAUCUACUCCACGAUGGGCCCUUUAAGGUAGAGCCCACAGAGCAAGAUGAAGGAACCCAUUUGCACUCCGUACCCGAAUUGAUUCCCUCGUCACCAAUUCUUUCUUCCAAGGUCAACUCUCAACCCGGCAAUCGCCCUCCAUCCCCUCCCAAUACCACACAAGGUAGUAAUUCGGUUGCGACAACUUCCCCAUCGUCGUCUUCUCAGACAGUACGACCUCCCAAGCCGGGUUUCCCUCCCCGUUUGAAGAACCUCGAAAAGAUCUAUAGCCUCGAGACACCCAUCGCUGCUUCUCUGAAGCUCACGCCCUACGUGGACGAUGAUGUCACACACCCUGGCCCUUUUGCUGAAAGGCUUGUCCUUGAUCCUAUGACGAAGGCCAAUCCUACGCCUAUACCGACGCCGGCCACCUCACCGGCUCCCACCCCUGCACAGCCGGUGCCGGUCGCACCGGCCGCCGUGCCAGAACCCACGCCUACUGCAUUCCAUUGGGAUGGGCGCCGCAAGCUGAAGACGGAAGAGUUUUACAAACUCUGGCGACAGGAAACUGGAAAGAUGGUGGCGAAUGGCCAGCCUCGUAUGUCAAUGAAGGAGUUUAGAGACAACUACUACAUUCCACGACUGAAGGAAGCACAGGCUGAGUCUGGAGGCAAAGUAGCGGAAACACUUCCCCCACCAGAGCCAGCUCCCGCACCAAAGGUGAAGCAAGCCUCUCGUCCAACAGGGCAAGCAUCCGAUGAUGUGCCCCAAACUGAACCUCCGACUGCCGCGCCUUCUCCCUCCGAGAUGGUGGACGAGGAAGACCUGGCAACCGCAUCUGUGGCCGACGAUGAAGAUGGGCAGUAUGUCAAUGGGCCGGUGUUUGACUCUGAAAAAGCCGCAGGCUCUAUAGAGCCCCUAGAGGUGGUCCGGCAGCCACGAAAGCAGUGGUCAUUCCCCAAGAUUCGCGACGUUCAAGAUUUUGCGGAUCUCUUGGAAGACUACCAGGAUAUGGACACUGCCACGCUCUACAAGCUGGCUGAAGCCAUGUCUGAAACCCUCAAUGUCUGGCAGAAUGAAUUCCGCGAGCUCAAAAAGGUUGUUGACGAUGAGGACAAUGCAGAGCGCCGCAAGAAGAAUGAUGUCUCGAUUGUCAACUGGGAAAACCGGCUGAAAGCGGAGGACGCACCACAUUUCCGCCGCCACUAUGAUGAACCCACCAAGGGACCGCCCGCCUUCGAACUCAAGGGUGUUCGCGCACCGAAGCCUUCGUCAGAUGAUCCCAUCUACGAGCAUCAAAAGGACCAGGAUAAGAUCAUGGCCGCAGCAUAUGGCUUCAAGCACAAUCCCCAUGCCAACGCGGUUGGUAGACAAAACAUCGAAGAGCAACGGUGGGACAUCACCGAGACCCGACCCCACAGGAAAGGUGCUGGAAAGGCUGAGCUUGCCGAAGAGAACGUUGUUGAAGGAAAGCGAGUGCGCAAACCCCGCAACCUCUCGGAUCAAAGCAAGGAUCCUAGUCGUGCCGGCACCCCUACCGGCGGCCCAUCUACUGUUGUUGGCCGGCGUGAGAUUGUCCCUGAACCUGUAGUCCGCAAACGACGCGGACCCAAACCCAAAGCACUUAUUUUGGCGGAGCAAGCUCAGCAAGCCAAGGAGGCACAACAAGCUAAGGAGGCCCAGGAGGCAUUGGAAGCCGAGCAAGCCAAGGAGUCUCAGCAGGACGUGGAAGACCAGAUUGCCGAGCAAGUCCAGGAAACUGAGGAAGUCCCACUGGGUGAUGACGCAGCUAGCGUAGCACCUGAGGAACCCAAGGCUGAAGAGACCACAUUGCCAGUAGACAAGCCGAAACCAGGACGCAAACGUGGUCGUGCACCGGCUGCGCCUCCUGCCGUUGAGGAAACGCCUGCCCCUGCGCCUGCUCCCACUGAAAGUGAGGAGGGAAAGACUAAGCGUCAGCGUCAGCCCAAGGUGGCCCUUCCUCCGGUUCAAGAGAUCGCUCCGCAAUCUUUCUAUAAUAGCCCUGUUACCUUGGAUAAUGGUGCUUCGGAAAUUCUACCACAAGAGCAGCACGUACCGAGGCCAUCAACUGCUUCGUCAGAGGGAACGAACAAUACGGCCGGCACCCCGGAGUCGAGCUAUUCACUGCGUGAUAAGCGGAGACGCAACUUUGCGCUCGAGAACGAUCCUGAGCUUGAGCCAAGACAGCACAAGCGAGCUCGCAACGCGGUUCCGGCUAAACCAGAGAGCCACGAGCCUAAGAAGCGUGGCCCUAAGAAGAAGAACGCGAAUGUGACGAGCCAGCCUACUUCAGUACCUCCUCCACCACCUCCGGCACUUGCUCCGCAGCAGCCCGUAGGAGGAUUGAAAGCACCCGCAUUGUUCUUCAACAGUGGACCGCCACCCAUCGCUCCGGCCCCUGGUCCGUCUCCUUUCAUGCAUACAUUUAACGCCGCCCCGGCCUUCCCACCAGGAGGUCCUCCGCCGCAAGUUCCCGCGCCACCGGCUAUCACCAAGCCGUUGACUCGCAUCAAGAUCAAGAAUCCAGGACCCCCUCAGAUGGGUCCUAGCUUUGCGCAAGUGCCUCCCCAGGCGGUCCCUCCCGUCAACAAUGGCCCACAUCCUACUUUGAAGGGCCCAGGUAAAGCACCUCGGGCUCCGAAGGCGGCUACGCCAACCCCGCCCGAACCUGUCGAACCUCCCAAGAUGAUGCCCAGUGGCUUUGCCCUGGCCAAUACCACGGAGCCGGAUAAGCCAUAUGCGGAGAUGAGCAAGUCGGAGAAGAUGAGCUAUUCCAUGAGAAGACGCUGGGCUUCGGGUGAAAUGCAAGGAGCGGUUGAAAAGCGCCGUACAACUUUGGCCAACAAGAAGGCCGAAAAGGCGGCAACGGGCGUGACAAACGGUAACGAGCCGGGCAUGAUGUCGAUGAGCCAGACUCCAGAUCCAGUUUCCGCUGGCCCCUCAACCGGUGCCUCGGCCCCGACAACACCAGGCCUUGGUCCCACCCACACCGGGCUGUUGGCUUUGCCGCCCCAACCUCAAGGAGUUCAGAACGUCCAGGUGGCACAGGGCCAUCACCAGGUGAUGCACAGCUUCCCCCCGCUUCCACCACAUAUCAUGCCUCCGCAGCAUAUGCCUCCGCAAUCGAUGCCCCCUCAGCAAAUGCCACCUCACUCGAUGGCUCCCCAACCCAUGCCUCCAAUGGCCCAGAUGGCACCCAUGUCGCAGCCUGGUCCGGGCCAGGGACAGAUGCCGCCGCAAAUGGCUCCGAUGCCCCCUAUGCAACAACAGAUGCAACCGAUGCACCCUCUCCAGCAUCAGCAUAUGCCGCCUCAACCCAUGCAGCCGUUGUCUUACCCUUACCCUCACCCUCCUUCUGGGCAUGGACCCGUUGCUUAGGAGGCUAUAGACCCCCAGUUGAUGCAGUGAGCUACAUGGGAUAGGAAACCAGAAAGAGCAAGGAGUGGAUGUAGGAGGAGAAGUAAAAAUAAUGAUAAGGCUGGUCUCUUUAGAACGUUGACGCAGUUGGGUACUGGUUGGUAAAGAUGGAUAUACCCUUUCUUGAAGAGAUGGAUGCUGGUGAUGUGGAUAUUACUUGUUCUGAGAGAA